CAGCGUGAAAGGAGGCGCAGGUGGUGGGACGACCUGAUGGGAACAGUCACCAUUUCCUCUGUCCUCUCCAGAGACAAAGUGGCUUUGUGGGUAAUGAGGCUAUGGCAAGUUCCCACUAGGCAGAGAGUCCUGGGGCAGGGCCAGGCUGUGGGCUGGCCCCGCCCCACUAAGACAAUGAGAAGGGGGCAGGGUUUGUGAUGGGCGGGGCUUCCUCCAGUUGGGACGGAAAUACCUAGGAGGUUUUCCUUGGUCACCAUAUUCCUCUGAGCAUCCAGCCCAGCACCUCGCUGAUGAGAUGUCUUUUCAGCUCUCCUUAACACCCGACCAGGGUUUAGGAAGGGCUAUUACAUACCAGGUGAAAUACAAAGGAGCAGCUUUGAAGCCUGAGUAACAAACCUUGUCAACCCCAACUCAACUUGGCUAAAUUCAGCCUCACCGAACCUGAUCCCAGACUCUGCUCCCUGGACUUGCUGCAGCUCUCUGAUCCUGGAAUCCUCUUCAGUUCCAGCUAGAUGCUGCGUCAGGCACUUCGUAGAUUUGGUCAAAAACUGGUACGCGGACCUACGCUGAAGGAACCGGUGGCUGAGAAUGACCCACAGAGAAGAUUGAGCACUUUGGAUUUAGUGACCCAGGGUGUGGGCCACACAGUGGGUAUAGGUGUGUAUGUCCUGGCUGGUGAGGUGGUCAGAAAUCAAGCAGGACCAUCUUUUGUGAUCUGCGUUUUGGUGGCUGGCCUAUCUUCUGUGUUGACUGGGCUGUGCUAUGCAGAGAUUAGUACCCGCAUUCCCCAUUCUGGCUCUGCAUAUCUCUACAGCUUUGUCACUAUAGGUGAACUCUGGGCCUUCAUCACUGGCUGGAACCUCAUCCUCGCCCUUGUUGCUGAGAAAGCCAUUGUGUUCAUCACAUGGAUGUUAACUUUCGACAACCUGCGUGGGAACCGGCUGUCUCAGACUGUGCAAGAGAGCAUCUUGGCACAUGUUCCCCCUGUCCUUGCAGAAUAUCUAGAAUUCUCUGCUCUGGGUUUUGUGUUGUUGUUCAUGGAAUUCAGGAGUCUUUGGUAUUCCAUGUCAUUGUUGAGUUCCACAAUUACCAAACUGGUCACAUUGGUUAAACUUUUGGCUCUCAGCUUUGUCAUAACCUCUGGCUUCAUUAAGGGGGACCUGCACAACUGGAAGCUCACAGAAGAGGACUAUGUAAAGGCUGGACUCAAUGACACCUCUGGCUUGGGACCUCUGGGCUCUGGAGGAUUUGUGCCUUUCGGCUUUGAGGGGAUUCUCCGUGGAUCAGCUACCUGUUUCUAUGCGUUUCUUGGUUUUGACAGUAUUGUUACCAGAGUUGAAAAAUCCCAGAAUCCCCAGCGUUCCAUCCCCAUGGGCAUUGUAAUUUCACUGUUCAUCUGCUUUUUGGUGUAUUUUGGUGUCUCUUCAGCAUUCACGCUUAUGGUGUCUUACUACCAGCUCCAACCUGGGAGCACCUUGCCUGAGGUAUUUCUCCAUAUUGGCUGGGUCCCUGCCUACUACGUGGUAGCUUUUGCAUUGCUGUGCUUUCUUUCCGCCAGCCUUUGGGGCUUUGUGUGGCCAAUGCGUCAGGUGCUAUACAUGAUGGCAAAGGAUGGCCUCCUGUUCCCUUUCCUUACCCGUAUCUCUUUAUUCCAAUACUCUCUUAUCAUGAUCAUUGUGUUUGUUGGAACUGUUCCGGUCAUUGUAUUCUUCUUUGGAGUCACUGAUCUCUUGGAUCUAAGGUCAGUUGUGUCCCUGAUUUCUCAUUCCCUGGUUGCAAUUUGUGUUCUUAUCCUCAGGUAUCAGCCUGAGGUGCAGAAUGAGGAAAAUGAAGCAGAGGUGCAGGAGGAGAAUGGACCUGCAGCAGAGAGGUUGACUCUACAGGGACUACUUUUUCCAGCCAGCCCCACCCCCACUUCACUCUCUGGCCAGGUUGUCCGUGUUUCUUCCUUACUGCUUGUUCUGUUGCUCAUUCUUCUUUGUCUAGUGCUGACCCAGUGGCCAGUUCUGCUUUCUGGAGACCCAGUGUGGAUUUCAGUGGUUGUGCUGCUCCUGGUGCUCAUCACUGGGCUCACUGGGGUCAUCUGGAGACAGCCGCAGAACUCCAGUCCCCUUUACUUUAAGGUCCCUGCUCUGCCUCUCCUCCCACUACUGAGCGUCUUUGUGAAUGUUUGCCUUAUGAUGCAGAUGACAGCUGGCACCUGGAUAGUAUUUGGUGUCUGGAUGCUGAUUGGGUUUGUUAUCUACUUCGCCCAUGGGAUCCAGCACAGCUGGGUCGCUAUCUGCACUCAAGGUAGGGCGAAAAGUGUAGACCUUGAACUCAGCCGUGUCAGUACAUAGGCAGUUUGACAUCAUCACACCUGAAUGCAGUCAGGUCCCCCUGCAUAAUAAUGGAGUACUCUUGAUCACAUGGAAAGGUGGGCCUCCCAUGGGUUGUUGGUGGGUGAACAUCAAUAGAGCUCUGCGUAUAUU